UGGAGAGCCAGCAGGUGCACUGAUCACUAGGAGAAGAUUGUGAACAUGAAGCUGUCAGUCUUGGUGGUCAUCUCCCUGCUGCUCCUGGGAUUGUCCUUGGCCCAGAUGUCAGCCUCUCCUCCAGGCAGCCUCCGGGACUUAGUAAGGAAGAGCUCCCUGGGACAGAAGGCGUCACUCUUAAACCCACUGCUGGAAGGUAGGGUCCCUCCACUGGCCAGUAAGGGUCCUGUCCAGGGGCCCCUGACCCCGUCUGAGUUUGAGGACCAACAGGAGCCGUCCCCAUUCAUGUUUGGGGACAAUGUCAACCUCCAGUGGCAGAACUGGACCGGAUCCCUCCCCACUGCGGCUGUGGGCAUCUACAACGGCUACACCGAGCGCACUGACUACAUCUGUAAAUACAAGUGUGAAGCAGGCUUCUACACCCCUAGCAAGGGCCCCUACUGCCAAUACCCGUACGGCGCCAGAGAGUACUACGCCCCGGAGUUCCAGGUCCUGACCAACAUUGACAACUUUGAGUUUGUGGAGUGGAAGGACGACUCGUAUGGCUCUGUGCCCAAACAUUCAGUCAGAACGUGCUCUGGACGGUCCACCUAUGUGGGAAAGAACAAGUACGGUUUGGGGAAAGUGGUAUCUGAGUUCGAGGCCUUUUUCCUGCCCUGGGAGGGGGAUGAGUACUGGUACAAGAACUACCAGGUCCUGACCAUCAACCGGGACGCCUACAGCCAGCACAUCUCCCAUGUCAAGUAUGGCAUCGAUGAGGUGGAGAUCUUCCAGUACCCCCCGGAGACCAUGCGCCUCUCCAGCGUCACCAACAACGAGUGUCAAGAGGUGGUGAAGACUGUGACCAUAUCCAAGACGUCCGAGGUGGAGAGCACCUGGAACAUUGGGCGCACCACCAUGCUGGGGGUGACUGCCGGCAUCACGGCCAAGAUCCCCCUGAUUGGCUCCGGCGGGGUGGAGUUCAGCGCCGAGAAGACCCUGCAGUUCAACCGGGGCACCACCAUGGUGGAGGCCCUCAGCCACUCCGUGUCGGUGGAGCUCAGGGUGCCGCCCAACCACUCCUGUACCGUUCGAAUGGAGGGGCGCAAGAUCACGGCGGACAUCCCGUUCACAGCCCGGCUGAGUCGCACGUACCGCAACGGCGAGACCCAGUGGACCACCAUCACCGGAGUUUAUGACGGGGUCCAGAUUGGCGAGAUCAGAGCCGUGGUGGACCGCUGUGAACCUGUGGUGGAUGCUAAGCCCUGUCCUUAAGAACGACAUCUUCCAGAACUAUUGCAUCUCAACAGAUCUACAUUCUUCUACCAUAUAGAGUGUAUUGUAUAUGUGAUUCAGUAUUAAUGCGACUCCAAUAAUGAUUGUGAGGCACGAGUAUUGCACAAUUUGUGGUUCCCGGCCAGGUGUGAAGUGAAAAGCAAUGGCAAAGUGACUCCUGAUAUUGUUCUGUUCUGAAUGUUUUUACCAAUGCAAAUUUUAUGGAGUGACUUUGGGCAAAAACACAAAAAUUAUUGCAUUAAACUAUAUAAUUACAGAUGAGCAAUUUUGAGAUGAAUGCACCAACUGUAAGUUAUUCUUGACAAGAGUGUCUGCUGAAUAAAUUAGAAAUUCACCUGGCAGCAGGUGGGAGUAACUCAUUGACAUCAUUAAUUACCCACUAAAGGCACACCCACGGAGACAGGCAGAGUUUGCCUGUUUAUCAAGCCCUUUGUUGGCCUUUAAGAAUUGAAAUACAAACCAUGAAAUACAGAAUGUCUGUUUUGAAAUGAUUGAUCACAGAAAAAUACAUGCACACAUACUCUUAAUCUCUCUUUAUCAUUGAAUUAUUUUGUAUUAUCUUCUUAUCGUCUACCUAAUGCCAUAAAAAAGAAAACCUCAGUC